UUAGUCAGGGUGCUGACAAUGAGGGUGGAGGUGCCUGGACAGAGCUGGGUGAGGGUCUGCUCUGCAGCUGCUGUAGCCUAGGAUUACUAUGCAUCGGCAGGGGCCUGCAAGGUUGAUGAUUUCCCUAUGCGAGAGAGCAAAGAGCAGCAGGCGUGGUCCCUGCGUCAGAAGCCAGACGAGAUUAUUAUGAUUCACUCCCUCUGGGUCCAGUUACCAAGAGAGUGAGUCCAGAGCUGGGGAGAUCAAAGUCUGCAGUCGGAGCUGUAGAUUGUCCAAGCCGCAGCUCCUGGCCCCCUCCUCUUCCCCUGAGUUUCUCCAGGAGAGAAUGCCCCUGUGAUCGCCCACUGGGAACUGGUAGGAGCCAUCGCCCGACAACCUGCCAGGGCCUGCCCUCUGGGACAACGAUGAUGGAGCCCUUUGGCCACAGGACCGAGUCUGAGUACAAUGAGUUCAGCAAUGGCAGCCCAGACCUCAUCAGAGCCAACAGCACAUCCAGGCCCAGCAGCAAAGCCAUUUACCGCCAGCGCAAACAUUACACCCUCUCCACACUGAAGCAGCAAAGCAAUUUCCAGCACCGCGUGGAGCACCUGCUCACCGCCCACGUGGACUCCAAGGACAUCUGUGGCGUGGACGACUGUGUGGCACAGCUGAAGAUGAUGGAUGCGCAGGGACGGGUCUGGGGACAGGACAUGAUCCUGCAAGUGAAGGGCCCUGAGCUGCUGUUGAGCGACAUCGAGACCAAGGAGGAGUUGGAGAGCUACCCCCUUGAGAGCGUCCAGGAGUGCGCUGCCAUACUCAGCCCCUGUGUCUACAACUCCAUCCUGGCCGUCACCGUGAGGGAGCAGAGCCAGCACGGCAGCAGCAUCCUCCUCUUCCAGUGCGAGCAGCUUGGGGCAGAGCUGAUGAAAGCCAACCUGGAGAAGGCCAUCAAGGAGUGGAAAGGGGAACGGGAGAGUCAGGACAUGCUCAGGAGCAGUUUGGAGACCAUGCUGUCCCAGCAGAGCCGAGGGUCCUUCCACAGCAGCCUCCCACAGAUCAGCCAGGAUAGGUGGGCUGGACUGUCAGACCCAAACCCCUUUAUUCCUCCCACACCACAGGAGUGGCAGAGCCAAGACCAGGUGCCCCGGAAUCCUCCAGCCUUCAUGGAUUAUGGGCCUGGCCAGCCGCGGCCCCCAAAGCCGAGAGAUGAGUGGACGGAUCCCAGCUUGCAGGCAAUGCAGGACUUGGACAAAGACACUGAAAUCCUGAACCAUGUGCUGAGUGACAUCGAGCUCUUUGUGGGGAAGCUGAAGGAGACGAGCGGCUCGGUGAGCAGCAAGAAGAAGUCGAAGAAAAAGGACAAGGAGAGAGGAGUGCUGCCCCCAGAGCCUGAGUGGGAGACCUGCUUCCAGAAGAUCAAAUACGCCUUAAACCUGCUGGGGAAGCUGAGACCUAAGCUGCAGCAGCAGCCCAGUGCCCCGGAACUGGUUCGACUCGUCUUCUCCACCCUCUCCUUUAUUUUGUCCAACUGUCCCUGGCCCAGCCUGGCCUCCUCCAUUGUUUCCCCUCUGCUGACCGAGGCAGCCAUCGACCUGGUGGACGAGUCUUUGGAGAAAAAGGAUCAUGACACCUGGAAGAGUCUGGGCAAGGCUUGGCACACCACGAGGGCAGAGUACCCAGACAGACAGUUCAUCCCUCCCUACAUCCCCAUCUUCUCAGAUGGGUGGGUGCCCCCCCUGCCGACCCAGAGGGCGACUGCCACUCAUGUGGAGAGGCAGCCCCUGGGAAGCCAGAACCAUGCCACGUCCAGAGCUCCUUCUAGUCCCCCGCAGCUCAUGCAAGCCAUGUACGAAUUCCAGGCCAGGAACAACAAGGAGCUGACUGUCAUGAAAGGGGAAUUGCUGGAGAUUCUAGACCAGCGGAAGAAGUGGUGGCUUGCUAGAAACAGAGCAGGUGAGAGGGGCUAUAUCCCGAACAACAUCGUGGGGCCAGUGGAUCAGAAGCCUGCAGAGAACAGCAUGAACCAAGCGCCAAGCAGCUCCCCUAGUCUCCAGCAGAAGUCCACGCCGGCGGAGGUGACGGCCUGGCUGAGGGACAUGGGCUUCUCCAAGAUCACAGUGAAGUGCCUUGGCGUGCUCAAUGGCAACCAGCUGCUGGGGAUGAGCCAGGAGGACAUAAAAACUGUCUGCCCGGAAGAGGGGAGACGUGUCUUCUUCAAGCUCUCUGCUGUUAAAUCGUCCCUGGGGAUUGGCCCUCAUGAUUAGCUGGCUCCCUUCCACACCAUCUCCGAUCUGGCAGAAGCAGCACAGGGACCAGAGACUGAACAGAGGGACAGCAGGUCUCUCCCAGCAUUAGCCCUCCUGCUCUUCUGGGAGUCUUCUGAGUCUCUUCCCCUGCCUCUUGUGCCCAGUGCAGAGAGUGGGUGCAGUGAUCCCCGAAAGCCAUGUGUCACCUACUUGUCAUGGACUGUUUUUGUUCAGUGUUUGUACAGCACCUCACACAGAGGGGUCCUGGUCCAUGACUGGGGCUCCUAGAUACUCCUGCACUACAAAUCAUGCUAUUUAUUCUUACAGCUACAUACGCUCCAACUAAGCAUGGACUUCAGCAGUCUGGUCAAAGGCAGAUAAGUUUAGCUCCCCAACAGGCUUUGUCCGAUUCUCCCAGUUGUACAGCAUCUGCACUAGAGUUUAAAUCAUAUCACCCAAGAAGAUACACCCCCUAGCAUGCUUGGCUUUCUUUCCCUACUAUUCUUCCUUUGCAAGUCUCACGUAGAAAGUUUUUCUUGUAGGUGCAAUAAGAUCAAGCCUGCAGAGCCAAGAUGCUCCCCAAAAGCAUGUACUGUUCUCCCAGGUUCUUCUAGCCAGGAGCAAUGUAAGCAGUUAUUAGGUAAAGGUUGUUUAAUGGUCUGUAAAGAAAGUUCUUGACUACAAAUAAAGUGAUUGAAUCAA